UCCCAGGGCCUCGAUUCUUCGGAAGAGAAAGAGAGUGUGGGCGGCGGUUCUGGAAGCGAGCCACCCGCGGCGACAAGGCCGGAGAAGACGCCGGCACCAGCCAACCGCCGCCGCAUCGUCAUCAUCUUCGUCUCCAACGCCCGCAUCCUCCUCUACUAAGAGAGUUUGCCAUCAUGCAAAGCCCGAGCAAGUUGUCUGACCCCUCUGUCUCUUCGCCCCCGAAUGUGUUGGGGCUUCAAGGUUGGGCUGACCUCCCAGAUUGCCUGCUUCACUCCAUUGUUGCUCUUUUGGACUCCUUCAUUGAUCUCACCGCGUUUGCUAGCACCUGCCGUUCUUGGCAUGCUGCCUUCUCGGCAUACCCGUCUAAAUCAACCUUCCGCACCAUACUCCCACCUCUCCUCAUCCGACCCAAUGUUCGUGUCCAAGCUCCUGAUCUCCCUUCUACCAACGGCCGUCACAAGGUACGGAUAUGUAAGGUCAUUGAUCUAGCCAACCAGAACAGAGCCCUUCGCUGCCAGAUUCCUCAAGAAACUUUCCAGAAGAUGCAUUUCUGUGGCUCAUCCUAUGGUCAGCUCAUCUGCUGCCGCCGAGGAAAUUGUCUUAUUGUUGAUGUGUUCACUGGUGCUGAGGUUUCACCUCCAGGCCUCCCAUUUAGUGGUGACUCUGAGGAGGAGUUCUACUUUGGUGGCACCCUGACAGCUCCCCUUGCAUCACCCAACUGCCAUCUCCUUGUCAGCACCCAAUCCUCCCUUUUCGAUUGGCCCGUUGGAAGUGACUCUUGGUCUGAACUCAAACUGUCUGAUGCACGGAUCGAUCAGAUUGUGGAAUUCAAUGGUCAUUUCAUCGCCAUGGAUUAUAGUCAGAGGAUCUACACUUUGCAGUUGGCACCCCAGCUUGGCCUGCAGGAGAUAAGAACCAAGUGGUGGGACGACAUGACUGAAUGCCCAUACCUAAGGCCAUGGCUGGUGGUCUGUGGCGACAUGCUUCUCAUUGUUGACCACUACAUAAGCUUCUCAUUUGGAGCACCAGUCACCUAUAAACCCUACCGCCUUGACAUGUCAACCAAACCUGCAAAAUGGGUGGAGGUGAAGAAGCUGAAUAACCGGGCACUCUUUAUAGGUGGUGACGUGAGGAGCCCUCCGUUUUCUUGCUCAAGCCCGGAACGAUGGGGAGGGAGGAGCAACCGUCUGUACUACGCCCAUUACUCUCAGCCCUGGAGUGUGCAUGGGUUUGGCGACGAGGCAGAUGCAGCGUGGGAUGAUUCCACCGACCCUGAUCUUGUGUACAAGAGAAACUGGUACCGCCAGCUGCAGGCCUUCUGGGUGUACCCAAGCAUGUUCUAUUCCAAUGGCCAGUGAUCGUCAGUGUGCAACUACCGAUUUCUGCUCUACCAGCUUGUUCUGAAAAAUAACCUCUUCCAACAGAGAGACUUUUGCAGCUUGAGUAUGUGAUCUUCAUGGUGGCAGGAGUACUGAAGCAUCUGCAGUUAGUUUAAUCCUUCAGUUUCUAGAGCAUUGUAGAAGACGUUUUAUGAUAGACUCAUGCUUUUGCAGUUAGUUCGGCAUUCUGUUUGCUGUUUAAUCCUUUGCACUGUGAUGGAUGGAUGUGUACUGAACCACUUGUUGCUUAUAUAUGUGCUGGAAUUAACAA